AUGUUUGGAGCAAUCAAUGGUUAUAGUGCAGAAACAUAUGAGACACUUCACAAGUAUUAUGUUAAAAAUCUUUACAAGAUGACAAAUAAACAUAACACAAAUCCACAAAUUAUAAGAAUGAUAAAUCAUAAAAGUGUAAUUAUUAUAUAUAAAAAAGUGAUGACUAACAAUAAAAAACAAAAAUACAAAGAAUCCAAAAUAGAACUUCUCAAUCUAAAUAAUAGUUUUCAAUUACAUUUAAUACCAGGGAUAUUAAAAUCAUUACAGCCUAACACAGUCCCAGAAUAUAUUUUAGGAUUAAAAAAUUUAAAAGAUUGUAUAAUUAGCUAUUUUGAUCAAAUAUUUUCAAAUUCAGUGAUGAUGCAAAUUAUAGAAAUUGACCAAGUCAAAGUUACAUUAUAUAAUCCUGCAAGAAUAAAUUCUGGAGAAAUCAUAAGAGCAACCAAAAAAUUUCAUGACAAGCCAUAUUUUAAUGAUGGAGUUUGUUUUGGAAAGAUUCUUUUGAUUUUAAACAUUUCAUCUGAAUUUAAUAGUUUGAAUGAAAAUGUUGCUUUGGUUAAUUGGUAUCAUUUUUUAUUUCCAAAUAAUCCAAACAAAUUUUAUAAAUAUGAUUGUCCACAUUUAAAACUUCUUACUGAAUAUAAUAUUAUCCCUUUGGAAUCUAUUAUUGAAGAAGUUCAAAUAAUCAAAAGAUUUGAUUGUAAAAAUGAAUUUAUUAAUAGUAAAUCUAUAUCUUUAAUUAUGGAUGAAAUUAUCAGAACUAAUAGAGAAUUGCGCAAACAGUUGGCUGAGGAUGAUGAGAUCAUAUCUAAAUAUGAAACUAGAAUUAAAUCAUUAGUGCGGGAUCUUGAAAAUAGCAACUUAGAAAUUCAUUAUCUGGAUAAAUCCCUAAUACAGCGUGAAGCAGAAAUUGAAACUUUGAAAGAGGAUAAUAAAAAUCUAUCAAUCCAACUUCGGAAGGCUUUACAGGAUAUAGAGUCUAAAGAAAAUUUUAUUGUUUUUAGAGAAGAUCAAUUUAUAGCAUUAGAAGAUAAAAUUUCAACAUUUAAUAAGAAGCCAAAAAUGUCUUCUACACGCCAAAUACAGCCACCUAAUCCAAAUGAAAUUGAUGUAAGUACUGAUAGUAUUAAUACUGCAUGCAGAAGUCUUGAUGAGUUCAUUCAAAGGCCAGGCAAUUCUACUCUAAACCAGAGGACUGCAGUGACACCACUUCAGGCUCAAUUACAGCAAAAUCUUCAGGCAUUCAAUCAGGUGAAUAUUCAGCUUACACAGGCCCAGAGAGAUCUUAAUCAACUUUAUCAGGAUUAUCUUCAGCUUAAUGUCGCUCAUACUCAGCUUAAUAAUACUCAUACUCAAUUUGUUAAUGCUCAGACUCAGUUUAUUAAUAAUACUCACAAUCCACUUGUUCAGGCCAAUCACCAGCUUAUCCAGGCCUAUAACUUCAAGCAUGGGCAAUUACAAAUAUUCCAACAAAAAUACAUAAAAUGGAAACAAAGAACCAAAAAUCCUGAUGUUAUUUGGCUUGUAGGCUUUUCAAAUUGA